UCCUCUUUCCCUUUCAUUCUUUCAUGAUUGUCAUUUCUCAAAAACAUGGUGGCAUUUCAGUGAAAAGGGUGUACAUUUCGACUAGUCAUUAAAAUUUAAGAAAGCUUAUUUAGCAAGAGUGUUUGAUACAAAUUGUAAACACCGAAUUAAUAAGCUUCAUACGAAAUUAAGGAUGACGUCUGAAGAGUCCCAGAUUUCUGAAGAACUGAAGGGAUGUUACGAGAAUCUUAUUGUUAUCGAUAUUGGUGCAAACUUGACGAACAAGAAAUACGGCCGUGAUCUGGAUUCUGUUAUUCAAAGGGCAAAAGACGCAGGAGUCCAAAAGAUAAUGGUCACGGGAACAUCAGUUAGGAGCAGUAAAGAAGCACUCAGGCUCACUCGACUCUACCCGAGCACUAUAUAUUCUACAGCAGGUGUACACCCACAUGAUGCAAAAUCAAUGGUAGAGGAGGAAUUGUGGGCUGAGUUACAGGCCACGGCUACGGCACCUGAGUGUGUAGCGAUAGGAGAGUGCGGACUCAACUAUAGUAAGGACUUUUCUGAACCGAAGGUGCAGAGGGAAGUUUUUAAACGGCAGGUUGAAAUCGCGUGCGAAUUACAAAAACCGCUAUUCGUACACGAGAAAGAGGCACAAGACGAUCUAAUAACGAUUUUAGACGAAUUCGGGAACAAAUUACCGCCCGUCGUCAUACACUCGUUCACGGGAAGUGUUGAACAGGGAAUCAAAUAUAUAGAAAGAGGCUUCUAUAUUGGUAUAACAGGGUAUAUUUGCAAGGAUAAGUCUGAUGGUGGUAUUAGAAGACUUCUGUCGGAGAGAAUUCUACCUCUGGACAAGUUGUUGGUGGAGACCGAUUCGCCCUUCAUGUAUCCCAACAUGCGUGCGUCGAAACUGCCGUUGCACGUCAAGGAUUCACUUACGGAGAGAUCCCAGAACUUUGUGAAUCGUUAUUGCACCUUCCAACGUAAUGAACCAUGUGCCUUACCCGCUAUAGUUGAACUCGUAGCUGGCUUCAGAGCUGAGAAGCCGGAGGACGUAGCGCUUGCCACUGCAUUCAAUGCGCUCAAGAUCUUCGGGCUUAGCCAGUAAGUAACAGUUGAGGGUAGUUUUAAAAUUCAUUCAUAAAUUUAUUUUUGAGGGUAGAUUGAGACAAAUUGAAUGCAAAACUUUUACCUUGGGUAUAAACUUUUACAAUUUACUUAACGUCGAUGUUAUACAUUUUACAAAGCAAAAGUUAAGUAAAAACAAAAAAACGUGUGUACUUAUGUAUAGAAGCGUUAGAAGUUAUACUUCUUUGGUGUAACAAGAUUAAAAUCUUUUCAUAUUUAAUCAUUCGCAUUAUUCUACGUUUGUAGAAAUAACGACCCUAACAAUAGAAUACACUAAAAUGUUGUUAACUUCAGGGUGUCGGUUUUUUGUGACGGUGUGCGUGCGCAUCGUGAAAAAUUACUUUCAUCAUUUUUUCUAACGCGCCAAAAGUAUAACUUCAAAAAAAAAUCACAUACUAAGUUUUGUUGGGCGUGAGGUCCCUAAAUCCAUUCUAUUUCAACGAAAUAAAAUGCUGUUUUAGUAUGAGAUGGAAGUUAUGUUGGAAAUCUAUUUAUGAAUGAAUUCGUCUUUGAAAUUGAAAUGUCUCGAUUGUCGACUUUAUUAUAUUAAUGAAUUAUUACUCAUGAAAUAAGAUAUACAAAUGAAAAUAUUUAUACAGUAUACAUGUUAUUUAAGAAAUUGAUAUUACUGAUUUUACAAUUCUGUGACUACACCGUUUUGAUAUUUAAAAAAUGUUACCUAUGUGUAGAUAAUGAUUUAUUUUGAAAAGAGUAAUAUAGUUUUAUGACAAUAAUUGAAAUGCGGGAAAAACUCUUUUCAAAGAUGUGAUCGUUAUUUGAAAUGGCAGCUAAUUUUCCCCAUUCGAUAUGGCAUUAUGAGGCUAAUUACUAACAGUUAAUUAAUCUUGCCACAAAAUAAAGACUAGACAAGAGAAAGCCUCUCUAUACUCUAUGUUCAUAAAAUAGGUUAGGAUUUACUGACAAAUUGUUUUGCUUAAAUACGUUUAGGUAUACCUGAACGCUUUAAAUGCCAUGAACUGCAUAAUAUUAGGCAGAAUUUUUGUUUAUAGCAAUAAGCUUUUGUUUUGUAUUGUCUAUGGUGCACUUGCUUGUAUUUACGAAUAUAGUGGCGACAAUAAGCACAGUGAUCUCAUUUUAACCGAUGUCAAGUGUCAUCAUAGCUUUGGCCGACUUGUAAAUGAUUUAUUUAAGCUAUUUAACCUGUGGUGACAUUUGACAUGUUUUGACAGAUAAUGCUAGAUAUUGUGUGACUUUUACGCUAUGGUAAUAAUAGCUAAUAAUUAUUAUUAUAGUGUAUGCCCCGUUUUUGGGAUAUCUGUGCGAAUGCUAUUUAUCCCAUUUAUUUGAAAUAUUUAAACAGAUAUGCCAAAAAUACUGCCACUUAUUCGCACGGUGUUAUUUCGCUCUGGCCAGAGUAUUCCUAUUCGAAUUUUAUUUUGUUUAUCGAAUAUUGUAAAUAGAUAUUAAUGUUGUUUAAUGCUGGUAGUCACAACGAAAUCAAAGACUGCGAGAAUUAUGUGGAUUUUAGUUUUGUUGGACUACGGAGGGUAGUCGAGUAUUGUUGAUUCCUUAUUUUUUUAUCACUGAGUCUAAGGGGUUAUUUAUUGUACUGAAUUGUAAUUGUAUACAUAAUAUUGUAGUUUAAGAUCCCUCGGACAAAUGUAAUGUAGUGCCUUCGACAUAACGUCCUUUUGUGAUACAAUAUUUUUUCAUAGAUUGUACAGAUUAUUUCUUGCAAUAAAAGAUUCAAAAAUAA